AUGUCCUCUUACGCAUGUACACAAGACUACCACGACUCCACACUCAUCAUACAGAGAUACACAGCCCUCCAAUCCAAGCCACAUUCUCCUCGUGAUAACCUCGGGUCUGAAAGCAAAUCCACCAAUGCUGCCGUCGCCCAUGCUCAAGCGAAUGCCGCUUUUAAAGAGGAUUUGAGUUUGUUAAACAAAACUCUCCUCUCCAUUGUCAAGGGUCAUUGCGUCUCGGCCCUACUUAUUCUGUGA